UUUUCUCCCCUUCGGGAUUCUUGAAAAUUUCGACGGUGACGAAAGAAGAAAUUGAUAUUUGUUCCGGCCUUAUUUCUAAUUAUUUAAUCAAAUGACAAGGUAGAAAUCUGUAAAGACGGCCCAACGUGAAAAUAUGAGCCCCUACCCUAACCGUUUAUCGAAAUUUAAAUUCCAUCCGACCCGCUCCACUGACCACGUGGCCAACGCGUAUGCAUAGUCAUGUCCUGUGUGCAGGCAGCCACGUUUAGCAUAAUUGUGCAACGUUCUUUCAACUCGAUAAUCCCCCUCUACAUAUUUGGGUGGGCAAAAGGCAAAUUUCAAAAACAUAGCUGGCAAGCAAAAAGGAAGUAUGUAAUCAAGGGUUGAACUUCGUUGCCUGAGCAACACACCUCGAUUGUAUUCUCAUAGCGAGAGAACCACCGAAAAUUCUGUUUGUUCCGUAUAAACAGAAUUUUGCAGUUCGUUCCCUGUGCAGUCGUUCCGAAAUGGCCACCGCAGAAUGUAACGAAAAGUUAAAGCUAGAACCGGCUGCGAUCAUCGGAUUCGAUGGACACGUUAUUUCCGGGCUGCGGGUCCAUCCGGAUCAGAAGCAUCUGGUUUUUCCGUUGGGGAAUGAAAUUUCCGUGUACGAGCUGGCCACCAAUAAGCAGACUUUUCUGCGGGGUCACACCAAUACCAUAGCGACCCUGGACAUUUCCAGUUCCGGUCGGAUGGUAGCUUCCGGUCAGACCAACUACAUGGGCUUCCGGGCGUACGUCAUCAUCUGGGACUGGGAAUCGCGGCAGGAAAUCUCCCGGCACGAGCUGCACCGGGUGCGGGUCCAGUCGCUGUGUUUCAGCUCCAACGAACAGUAUCUGAUCAGCUUGGGUGGAAAGGAUUGUGGAUCGAUUAUCGUGUGGGAUAUUGAGCAAAACAUGGCUAUUUGUGGGACCAUAGCAACUAAGGAAACCACCGGAGAUGCCUUGAAAGUGUGCGGACUCAACCAUCGAUGGACGACAUUCGUUUCCGGUGGAGAUCAAAAUCUCCGCGUUUGGCACAUCGACCGGGACCGAAAGCGCUUGGACGUUCAAGACGUUGCCGUCGGAAAGCUUCGUCGAGAGUUCACCGGCAUGCGGGUGACACCGAACGAUGAAAUCCUGUACGUUGGCACCAUGAGCGGAGAUGUGGUCAAGAUACGCCUCAAUAUCAGUAACAAUCCCAAUGCUCCGGUUCAGGAUAAGAUUCCGGUGCUAUUGGGAUGUUUCGGGAAGCACAAUCCGCGAAAACCACCCGGGAAAGAUUGCGAAAAGUAUCACUACGGGGUGCGGGAUCUGUUGAUUUUGCCCGAAGGCAAGCUGAUCAUCGGAGCCGGUGAUGGAACGAUCGAUUUGGUGCAGGAGCGUAAUGUAAGCUUCAAGAAUUAUAAUAGUCCUACUUGGCCGAAUUUGAAACUGCUACAAAAGACCAAGGUUGGAGGUGUGAUCACAUCUCUGCAGUUAGUAAAUCAAUGUACACUGCUGAUUGGAACAGAGAGUUGUGAGAUAUAUUCGCUGGAAGUCUUGAACUUUGCUACAACACUGAAAUUGCUAAAGACCUGCCACACGAAUGCGGUUUAUGAUAUUGCUUUUCCUUACAACUUCUCUCUGGUUUUUGCUACCGCUAGCCACGAAUCGAUCCGCAUCUGGUCUACCUCGCGAAUGCAGGAACUUCUGCGCAUCGUGGUGCCCAACUUUGCUUCCUCCUCGAUCGUGUUCAGCCGGGAUGGUAAGAGUAUAAUAUCGGCCUGGAACGACGGUGUGAUCCGAGCGUUCACCCCGCUAACCGGCCGGUUGAUCUACGCCAUACCGAAUGCCCACAACAAGGGUUGCUCAUCGGUGGCGGUAACCAGUAACGGCAAGAUGCUGGUUAGCGGCGGUAUCGAGGGUCAAGUUCGGGUGUGGAAAAUCGAGCCGUACGUGCAGAGCAUGAUCGGAGUGUUGAAGGAGCAUUAUGGACCGAUCGAGUCGGUGCACAUCAAUACCUUUGAUACGGAAGUGGUGUCGGCUUCGCGAGAUGGUAGCUGCGUGAUAUGGGAUCUGAUUCGCUUAACCAGGAAACAUGUGAUCUUUGCUCAUACGCAAUUCAUUGCAGCUCAGUACUAUCCAACUGGAGUACAGAUAUUGACUGCCGGAUCGGACAAAUUGAUUGGUUAUUGGGAAGCUUUCGAUGGAAGUUUGGUCCGGGAGGUUGAGGGAUCCAAAUCCGGACCGGUUAAUGCAAUAGAUAUGAAUAUGACGGGAGAUUACUUUGUAUCGGCUGGUACCGAUCAGUUGGUUCGUUUGUGGGACUACCAGCUGGGCGUCGAAGUUGCUAUCGGAAUCGGACAUGCUAGUUCCAUAACAUCUGCUAGGUACAGUCCGAACGGAAAGUUUCUUGUUACCGGAUCCAGCGACGGAGGCAUUUUUGUUUGGUCGGUGCCAGAGAGCUUCCACAUCAAAGUACCGCCUUGUCCUGAACCAAAACCGUCGGUAGAGAAGAAGAUAUCAAGUCGCCCGCUGGGAACCCGGGUGUCUAACGAAAACGUUCGAGAGUUGGAAUCAGCCCGCUCGAGCCGGUCCCGAUCUUCGGUGAAGAUUUCCAACUGCCCGGAGGUGGAUCGCAAGGCCCAACCAACAAUCGAUCCUCGGGUGGACACGGCAUCGCUGGCCGACGAUGCCGAUCUGCAGGACCGAAUGGAAACACGCUCGGUUAAAUCCUUGGCCCAGGAGAAUCAAGGAAAUAAUCUGGAUUCGCAAUCGGUUCGGUCGGUAAACAUCGGGCAACCUCAUCCGCAGCCACAGCAACCGGAAGAGCAGCAGCAGCAGCAGAACUCGGAACAGCAGCCGUCGCUGCAACAGAAACCAUCUCAAGAGCAGCAGGUUCAGUCACCAGUCAAUGAAGUCGAUACGAAGCCAGAAAUUAAAUCUGUUUACUCACGGGGGUCUCAGAUAUUUUAGGAGGCCAUUUUUAAACUAUGUAUUUAUAUAUUUAAUAAAAUG